CAUACAUACACAUAUAUAUACAUGCAUAAAUUCAUAUAUUAUCAUACUGAGAUAGACACUGGAGGACACUACUAUUUACAAUAUAUUGAAUGGCCAUAUUAGUAAAAAACAUUUGGACUUGGUGCUAUAGGCAAUUGUUUCUUUACAACAAUCAUGUUGAUAUUCGACUUUUUAAAAAAAUUUUUUGGAUGGGUAGAUGAAGCACCUAGAAAACGCAGGGCUGUUUCAUUUAGUCUGGAAAAAGAGUUUGUUGCACCCAAGAAACAUCGUUGUGAUUACAAGACGAUCAACGUAGAGGAUGAAGAGUCCAUUGAGAUUAAAGAUGACAGCGAUGACGAUGUUCAAGUUAUUAAUAAACAUAAAUAUUCUCCUAUUAAAUCAUCUAGUAAAUUAAAUGGUACAUGUGACAGUAGAGAGUCACUUAAAUGUUGUUCAUCAAAUUUCUCAUCGCCUCCAUGUUAUAAGAAAGUAAACAUGGGUCAUUCCAGUAACAAAACCGAAAGGAUACAAAAUGCUGGAGUGCAACAAUGUUCAACAUUAUUCAAAACUCACCGUUUAAGAGAAAAGAAUCAAUAUGAAGAGUUAUUACAAAAUUUUCUCCCACGUAGGAUACAUGUAAUAUGUGAUAAACAUGAAGAUAAAAGAUCUACACAGGAACCAAUAGAAGUAAUAGAUUUAGAAAAAUCUACUCCUUCUACUUCCUUUCCCAAAGUUCAGUCAGCUCCUAGAAAACAUGAUAGAACGUUACAAAUGCAUUGGAGUAAUCCGGUUAGAGAAAAGAAAGACAAAGAAACAAUUAUUAAUUUAGAUAAUGAUGAAAAAGAAGAGACAAUGCAUUUCAUUCACGACAGGGCGCAAGCUUACAAAAAGAAUGUGAUGCAAGAGAAAUCCGUAAAAAAUAAAUGUGUUGAAAGUGUAGCAACAAAUACAUUAAGAGAUAGAUUAUCAUCAAAAGCUGUAAUAAGAGAAGAUUUCGUCCCCCAAGUAGCUAAACGAUAUAACGAACGAAUUGAACAACGUUACAAAGAAGCAGAAGAGCUUAAAAAAAUGACCUGUGUUUUGUCUAAACAUAAUCGUUUAGCAAGAGAAGCUGCUUUGGAAGAACAUCUAGCCCGAUCUAUGAGAUUAUGUGAAGCUGUUUUAGAAGAAAGAGAAGAAUCAGAAGAACCAGAAUUACCCACAUUAACAGAAGAAAUGCUACAAGAUGUAAAAAAUGCUCUUAUUCCUCGACCUGCGGAUGAAGUUCUUGUUGAAGGAUUUGGUUUAAGAAUAACAAGAAAAGAUAUACAUACAUUAGCUGAUUUGAAUUGGUUGAAUGACGAAGUAAUAAAUUUUUAUAUGAAUUUAUUAAUAGCCAGAAGUACUAAUGACGACAAAUAUCCAAAAAUACAUGCUAUGAAUACAUUUUUCUAUCCAAAAUUAGUCUCAGGUGGACAUUCAUCCUUAAGAAGAUGGACUAGGAAAAUUGAUAUUUUUGCACAGAAUCUUAUAGUUGUUCCUAUACAUUUAGGUAUCCAUUGGUGUAUGUCAAUAAUUGAUUUUAGAGAUAAGUCUAUUCGUUAUUAUGACAGCAUGGGAGGCAACAAUUCAAAGUGUUUGUCAGCACUACGACAAUAUCUAGAAGAUGAAAGCUUGGAUAAAAAGAAACAAACUUAUAAUACUAGUAACUGGAAGUUAGAGUGUGCCAAAAAUAUCCCACAACAAAUGAAUGGAAGUGAUUGCGGAGUCUUCUCUUGUAUGUUUGCUGAAUAUAUUUGUGCAAAUAAAAAGAUCACGUUUACUCAACAGGAUAUGCCAUAUUUUCGAAAUAAAAUGAUUUACGAAAUAUUAAAGUCCAAGCUUUUAUAAAAGAAAUAUUAUUUAUUUAGACAACAAUCAAUAAGUCAAAUAGUUUACAACUUCCAAAAAUUACAGAAUAUUUUAGCAUAAAAGAGUUUAUUAUUGAACAAAAUAUUCUGAAGGCAACAUUUAUAUUCAAAAAGUAAUAUUCAUAUUAUCAUAAUGUUAAAAAGCGUUGCACAGUAUAAUUUUUUGUAUUGUUUUCAUUUAAAAAUAAAAUGUUAAUUUUUUCCUAUGUAAAAAAAUAGUAAUUUCUAAAUA